CUAUCGUGGUGUUGUUUGUGGCUCUGAGGCGUCAGAAGAAGGAGCCAUUGAUAGUGUUUGAGGAGGAGGACAUCAGGAGAACAUCAUCACCUACGAUGACGAGGGCGGCGGCGAGGAGGACACGGAGGCUUUCGACAUCGCCACACUGCAGAACCCAGAUGGUGCAAAUGGGUUUCCUGCCCAGGAAGGACAUCAAACCGGAGCUGCAGUAUCCCAUCAGGCCCGGCCUCGGCCACACCGGAGCCAACAGCGUGGACGUGGACGACUUCAUCAAGACCCGGAUCGCGGAGGCCGACUGCGGACCCCCACCGCCCCCCCCCUACGACUCCAUUCAGAUCUACGGCUACGAAGGCAGAGGAUCAUUGGCUGGUUCAUUGAGUUCCCUGGAGUCGGUCACCACAGAGUCGGACUUGGAUUAUGACUACCCUGCAGAGUUGGGGGCCGAGGUUUCAGGAAGCUGGCGGAUUUGUACGGGACCAAAGAAGGCUCCAUUGACGAUGCCGAUGACGGUGAAGACUCUUAACAGUGGUCUCACUGAGUGGACCGCCCCCCCUGAUUUCCGAUUUCCCUGAUCCCAUGAGGAUUCGCUAACUGAGGCUUAACACUUCCCAGUUUGCCGGUUGUUACCGACUGAUCCGUUCACGCCAACCAACGUUAACAGCCCUUCAUUCCCCGGCACCUCCUCUGUCCUCCAAGACGAUUUGCUGACGAACAAAUAAUGACCGCUUGGACUCCAACCCCC